CUCACGUCGGUAUCACUCAAUACAAGACGCUUGACCGCAUGGCGAUACAGUGAUUGGCUCGCUACUUUGAACCGACGAACACUAUACAUCCACGCUUUCUCAUCUAUUCUCGCAAGCUCGGUCACCUCGGAGCAAAGGUUGAGCGCUGGCGCUUUGGGACUUGCACAUCCACCGAGAAGCUCUUUCCACCCUCGGCUCCACAUCCUCCAGCGGUGACUCGGAAAGACAAGCUGAAUAGCAGUCAAGUGAUCCUCUCGUAAGCCAACGGCGGUCACACGUGUAGAACGGGAUGGCGCGACAUGCCUUUCUGCAGCCCGCCAAGGCGGCCCCCUCCUUUCGAGCGCUGCUCGCCGAACAGCGAGGCAGAGAAGCUCCCAUGGACCUCGACGCUCCACCGUUGAGUGACCCUCGAAUGAUGACACGUGCGGACGAAAAUCCACCGCACGCAUCCACAUCAGCACUUGGCAACUCGAUCACCGCUCAAAGGCGCACGAACUCGAUCCCAGUCAUCGCUGGUCCUGAGGUCGAGAUGGCGGAAGCAACUCCGCCUAAAGUGCACCGCCCAACUCCACAAUACACCGCCACAGCCGGCAAAAAGGUGCGAAGCUCAAAUCCUGGCAGGAGAAAUGGGACCUCUCAAGGUCGGAUGAGCUACGGCAGAGGUAGUGCCGCUUUCGACGCGAGGGAUGACGAGAACGAGCGGGACUGGGUGUACGAGGCGGGAAGCGCGGACGAGGAGGAAGAGGAAGAGGACGAUUCUUCGUUUGAGGGGCCUCGGGCAGGGUCAAGCAUGUCGAGCUCAGCGCUGGCAAGGCUUGCCAUCACUCCAACUUCCAAGUCUAGGAGACGACCAGCCUCUCUCAAAAGCCCGAACAGCCGCAUCACACACCAUCACUGGUAUCAGCCAGCGGCUGCCACACCGUCGAAAACCGAGUCCAGUAGCUCAGCGUGGGCGGAUCCCGCCGUCGCCAAGGCCUGGGGAGCUGCAUUGGCUAAUGGCGGUGUCACGGCCUGUGGGCUCUACGUCUUGUUCCACAUGGUCUCGGCUUUCGCCAGCGAUGUGAGAAGCAAGGCAAAAGCACACGAGAGAAUACACCACAGCGAGAUCGCAAGAUGCGCACAGCAGUACUCUCUGAAUCACUGCGGAACGCCUAAUCAAGCACCCGUGCUGGCUGAGCAAUGCGCAGCCUGGGAGGCUUGCUACGCGAGGGAUCCCUCGACGGUGUCGAGCACCUACAAGCUGGUAGCUGAGGUCUUUGCUGAUGUUGUCAAGGGAUUUUUGGGGCCUCUAGGGUACAAAGAAAUGAUCUUCGUAGCAGUGAUGGGCUACUUGCUGACGACCUUGGUGGUCAGGUGCACUCUGGCCUUUUUGGGUCAAGCCAAACUGAUGGUGCAGCAACAAGCGUCGCCUCAAGCCUUCCAGCCUGGACACUCGCACCCACAAAGCAUCGCGGCUUCUUCCUUCAUGCCGCCUUUUGGCGUGCAUCCUUCGAUGGCACAGAUUGAUCACCAGUCUGCUAGAUCUCGGCCUUGGGCCUCCCAACCGACCUCUGAAGCUCAGUAUCCUCGCGAGAGAAGAGUCGCUGAAAGAUGAUCAUCAUGAAGAGUGUCGGGCCCCCAAGUGUCUUCUCCUGCGUGUCUGUAUUCUGUGCCUCGACACACACACACUUCUCGUCAUUCAAGAAUCAUGGUUGUGGCUGCUCAAAAGAUCAAUCCGCGAUUGAGUAGGUGC